AUGCGUCUUCUUAUCAUACUCUGCAUUCUGGUCAGUUGUGGCCUUGCCAAACCAUUCGACUCUAAAGAAGACGCGCUUAACGAAAUCAAAAACUCCUACACCCAUAGUUCUUUCGAAAGUGGUGCUGAGGAGGAUAGCACCGAGAACGAUGAGAAUUUUGGAUACAUAUAUGAUGAUAACGAAAGUGUUGAGGAUUCACCGAUUGCCGUCAUUCCACCUCUGGUUAGCUACAUUCCUGCGCGUGGAGAAAUGAUUUGCUCGAACAAUUACGAUGAAGUCAAAGUUAAUUACAUGACGGUAUACAGUGAAGAUGAACGCAUUGGACACUUCCAUUUUAUUGAUACCUUGAAGUUUCUACAAUUCGAGCCUGACAUUCUUGGAAUAUCAGAAAGCUCAAAUCUGACUGUUGAAAUACAUCACACCGGAUGCGAGCCUAGGGAGGUUGAAUGCUGGUAUAACUCCAACUAUACGUUCAGCUCGGAUGUCAUCAAGAACGACGUGAUGGAAGUCGGAACAAUCGAUCUCGCAAAACUUGAAAAAGUCGGAGUUUGCGAAGAUGACGAAAGCGAUAUGGGAGGCUUUGAAAUCGUUAUGGCCAUUGGAAAUGCUGUUCACAGUGUGAUUACUUUUCCAGCCACCCUCGUCAAAAUGUUAUUUUCUUAA